AGCAGCGCGGUUCUUCUUAAAACGUAAAGUAAUGGCGCCGUGAACCUCCGGGUUGCUGACUGAAGCCGCGAUGGCGACGAGCAACCCGUCCGUGUUUCUUCUCACGGUUAACGGACAAAUCGAGGGAGCAAACUUUCCAGAGUAUGACAACUUGUACUGCAAAUACUGUUUCGUCUACGGCCACGACUGGGCUCCCACCUCGGGGCUGGAGGAGGGCAUCACUCAAAUAACAUGCAAAGGCAGCCAGUCUCCUCACAAAUUAAUAUGGAACUUCCCACUGGAGACGACGUUUAAGAGCACAAACCCCUCCGGAUGGCCUCAGCUGGUGCUGAGUGUGUACGGUCCAGAUGUGUUUGGCAACGACGUGGUCAGAGGCUACGGAGCGACGCACAUCCCCAUCACGCCCGGACAACACAAACGAACCGUCCCCAUGUUUGUUCCCGAGCCCACCUGGAGACUGCAGAAAUUCACCAGCUGGCUGAUGGGGCGACGCCCAGAGUACACAGACCCUAAAGUCGUGGCCCAGGGUGAAGGCAGAGAAGUGACGCGGGUUCGAUCCCAAGGCUUCGUCACCGUCUCCUUCCACAUCAUCACGAAGGACACCAGGAAGCUGGGCUACGACACCGGCCCGUCGGGCGCCGCCGACACGGCGCCGGCCGCAUCCGGCUGGUCGGCAGAGGAACAGCCAAUCAACACGUAGUAACACGAGAGGAUGCUUUUACUUUGAAAGGACAGAGCGACAGUCGUGGUCCAUCGUAAAGAACAGUGACUCCUUUUUUUUAUAGCAAAUUAAAUGUAUUUUAAUGAGAUUUUUUAGAUUUACUCUAUUUUUUAAAAAUAAAUACCCUCUGAAUUGUU